AUGCGUUCCACGGUGGUGAAACCUCAGCCAACGGCGGAAGUAGGCGACGGAAAUCCUCCGGAGGAUCAUGAAGGAGCGGAAGAAGGAGAAGGAAGGGUUAUCCUCAGCGGAGUCACCAGCCACGUGUGCAUACGGCCGGGGGACACGGCAGGGACGCUGGAUAAAGAGGCGGUGCUGAGGCAGAUCCGGCAGAGGAAGCGGAUGAAUAGAUUGAGGGGAGCAAUCCACGGUCUGUUUGGGCUCUCCGGGCCCGAUAGUAACAAAGACGACAAGUCCAACGGUAGGCCCAAAUCAGUUUGUGUCGUCAAGUGGGUGGACGACGCGUUUGCAGCCCCCUGA